UAUAAAUAUCUUUCAAUAGCUCCACAAAAGCUAAUCAUUAAUGUCCUUUUCAACGUCUCUCUCUAAACUCUUGAAAAGCCUCCGUAAACCACCGUCAUAAACCUCCACCGACCAACGCCAUAACCACCGUGGUUGGUGUCCCGAAUCCCUAUUUUAUAUCUCAAAGUUAUUGCCAAAGAGAUGAUUCAAGAGAGAUUAAUGUAUUACUUGUCGGAGCACCCAUCGAUCGUGAAUUUCAGAUGGAAUCAUACGCAAUCGUGGGGUUCUACUUGGUCGUUCCUCUUCACCUCCAUCUCCGCCUACAUCUUCCUCUCCCUCCUCCUUAAUCUACUUCUUUUCAACCGCCGACGUCCGGUUCCUCUCGGUCCUAUCCCGGCGAUUCACUCCCUAUCCAUGGCUCUCAUCUCCGCCACCAUCUUCACCGGCAUCCUCUUCUCCGCCGCCGCCGAGAUCCGAGACACGCGUUGGUUCUGGCGCCGGAAUAAAACCACCGCGUUCCAAUGGCUCCUUUGCUUUCCUCUAGGCACGCGCCCUUCCGGACGCGUAUUCUUCUGGUCAUACAUCUUCUACCUCACGAGAUUUCUUCACACGCUUCGCACCUUCAUCGCCAUUCUCCGCCGCCGCAACCUCUCCUUCUUCCGCCUCUUCAACCACUCCAUUCUCAUCAUGAUGUCUUUUAUCUGGCUCGAAUAUUCUCAAUCGUUCCAAAUCCUCGCAAUCCUUUUCACAACAGCGAUCUACUCUGUCGUCUACGGUUACAGAUUUUGGACGGCGAUCGGUUUCCGAAGCGCCUGUUUCCCGUUCGUAAUCAAUUGUCAGAUGUUACUGCUCGGUUGUAACCUCCUUUGCCAUAUCGGAGUCCUUCUUCUACACUUGUUGAAAGGUGGGUGUAAUGGAAUUGGAGCUUGGGGGUUUAAUUCUGUGUUCAACUUCGCCAUUUUGUUCCUGUUCUUAAAUUUCUACGUCAAGAGUCAUCUGGGAAAGAAGAAGAAGAAGAAGAAGAUGAUGAUGAUGAUGAUGAAGUCCUCAUCGGAGUACGGUGGCGAUGGUUUCAAUCUCGAUUCUGAUUAUGGUGUUGCGAUCAUGGAGUUGAAUCCAAUUGGUUGUACUAAAAAUAAAGACAUUUGAAAUUGAGAGGUGAGUGAUUUAUACACUUUUCCCCUCUUUCAAUUUUCUUGUGGCAUCUACCAUAUAUUAUAACAAUUUUAGAUCAAUAGAGGAAAAUGUAAAAUAAUACGAAUUUCAAGAUGUUUGUUUUGGUUCUAGUUGAUUAUUUGAUACCCGAUUUUGUAGAUUAAUAGUGUUGAUUAGGUUUAGUGUUAGUGUUAGUCGAUUUAUUCAUUGGAUUCAUGGUCAAGUUAUUAGUUAGAUACUUCAUACUAUUUGUAUAAAUUUUUGUUGUUCAAAACAUUAUAUAAUGUUAGAUGUAAAUUGCUAUAACAAUUUUUAAAGUUGUUUUAUAA